GCGGUAACUCGAUGUCUCUAACUGUUACAAACAAGGCUUGCUCAUGCGCCCCUAUGCACAGUUGCACACAAUAAAAUGAGUGAGCUGUCAAAAUUCCUGUCGUGACUUUCAGUUAAGAUUUUGUGAAAAAUGGAUAGUCAACCGGACAGCAGAUCUCAGCAUCACGAACUUUUCAUCCAGGAAAUAGAAGGAAUUGACGAAUACUGGGGACCCACAUUCAGGGCGAUCUACGAUGGGGACGAGCACCAGAAGUUCAUGGAGCGGCUGGACGCGCGCAUCAAGAGCCACGACAAGGACAUCGAGCGCAUGUGCAACUACCACUACCAGGGCUUCAUCGACUCCAUCCGGGAGCUGCUGCAGGUCCGGUCCCAGGCCAAGAGGCUUAACGGGGAGCUGGUUCGGCUGGACGAGGAGCUCCAGGACUCGGCGGCCGGCGUCGUCGCCAAGGGGGCGGAGCUGGUGCGGGCCAGGCAGGUGGAGAGCAACAUCGCGGGCACCAUCGAGAACCUGUCCCUGUGCCUGCCCGUGCUCACCACCUACGCCAAGCUCCAGCGCCAGAUGAAGGAGAAGAGGUACUACCCAGCGCUGAAGACGCUCGAACAGUUGGAGCACUUGUACUUGCCAAGGGUCGCCAACUACAGGUUUUCUCACCAGAUGAAAGAGAACAUACCAAAGCUGAGGGAGAACAUCAAGGAAGCAUCGAUGUCCGACCUGAAAGAUUUCCUGGAGAACAUCAGGAAGUUUUCCCCCAAAAUUGGUGAAGUGGCAAUGAGACAUACGGCUGAACAUUUGCGCAGUGAUCCUUCUGUUGUCGGCAAGAGGAAGAAGAAACAUGACCCACCCCCACCCAACCCUUUCUCAGGGGAGGCGGACUACGAGCCCCCGGCGGAGAGCACCUACGACGCGGAGGAGGACCUGAGCGCGCAGGACCUGAUAGACUUCUCGCCUGUGUACCGCUGCCUGCACAUCUACACGGUGCUGGGCUCGCGCGAGACCUUCGAGACCUACUACAGGAAGCAGAGGAAGAAACAGGCGCGGCUCGUGCUGCAGCCUCCCACCAACAUGCACGAGACAAUAGCGGGGUACCGCGCCUACAUCCACGGCAUCGUGGGCUUCUUCGUGGUGGAGGACCACGUGCUGAACACGGGCAACGGCCUCGUGAACCGCACCUACCUGGACGAGGUGUGGAGCAUGGCCCUGUCGAAGAUCGUCAACGCCUUGAGGACGCACUCGGCGUACUGCACCGAUGCUACCCUGAUGCUGAAGAUAAAGAACCUCAUCAUGCUGUUCAACACCACGUUAAGGAACUACGGCUACUCGGUGAACCAGCUGUUCGACCUGCUGCACGAGAUCCGGGACCACUACAACGAGGUGCUGAUGCAGCGCUGGGUGCAGGUGUUCCGCGAGAUCCUAGACGAAGAGAGCUUCCUGCCGCUGCAGGUCGCCUCGCAGGCAGAAUAUGAUAACGUCCUGGAAUCGUUUCCGUUUCACGACGAGCCAUUGGAAGCGGCUCCUUUCCCGAAGAAGUUCCCUUUCUCGGCGCUUGUGCCGAAGGUUUACCAGCAAGUGAAGGAGUACAUCUACGCUUGUUUGAAGUUCUCGGAAGACCUCAAUUUAAGCCAGGCGGAGGUCACCGACAUGAUCAGGAAGUCGACCAACCUGCUGCUGACGCGCUCGUUCAGCGGCUGCCUGUCCUCGCUGUUCCGCAAGCCGGGCCUCGCCCUCAUGCAGGUCAUCCAGAUCAUCAUCGACACGGGCUACCUGGAGGACGCCACGGGCUUCCUGGACGAGUUCGUCACCAACAUCACCGGAGCCCCGAAGGAGGCCCACAGCACGCGCAUCCAGGGCCAGGCGUGCAUGUUCGGGGUGGCGCGCGACGACGCAGAGAGACAGGUCUGCGACAAGCUCAAGAGGAAGCUGGACGAGUUCCUGGAGCUGGAGAACUACGACUGGCAGCUGGCAGAGCCGCGGGGCCACGCCUCCAGCUUCAUCGCCGACCUCAUCGCCUUCCUGCAGAGCACCUUCCAGUCCUUCACCAACCUGCCGCAAGAGGUGGCCCGGGAGGCCUGCCGGUCGGCGUGCGAGCACAUCGCUCGGUCGAUCCUGAACUUCAUGCUGAGCGACGACGUGAAGCAGAUCUCCAUGGGGGCGCUGCAGCAGAUCAACCUGGACACCAUCCAGUGCGAGCAGUUCGCGGCGUCGCGGCCGGUGGCGGGCCUGGACGAGGAGCAGCUCCUGGGGCUGUUUGCGGACCUGCGGCAGCUGCUGGACCUGUUCAUGUCCUGGGACUGGCCCACCUACUUCCACGACUACGGCCAGGAGAACAGCAAGUACCAGCGCGUCAACCCCGGCACCGCCGUCGCGCUGCUCGAGAAGCUGCGCGAGGCAGACAAGAAGACGGUCUUCUCUGUGUUGAAGAAGAGCGAGCGAGACAAGAAGAAGCUGUUGGAAACGGUGUUGAAACAGUUGCGCCAACUCGCGCAAACUGCGCAGCAGUGACAGCCGUGUCGGUUCCACGCCCCCCAGCUCAGCUUCAGUGAUAGCAAGUGCCUGGCGCUUCGAGGUCGCGCGAAUGAUGUGUCCAAACAAGUACGCACCGUCAUGAUUAGUGUUCAGUAGUCGGCACGGCAGGCGACGUGCAAGUUAUUGAACAUAGUUAGCGUUAUGAGAUUAUGUCAAACGUCAUGUUCAGGAUUAAGAAAGUUUUCGGAAUGAAGAAAAUGUUUUGUUCCUUCUUCAAUUAUUUGGCAUCUGGAUUGUUUACUGAAAGAGUUGCACAUAAAUGUUUAUCUAUUAUCCUGUCUGGGAUGAAUUAGCUGUUUGUAUAUCGUUUGCGUUCUUUUUACUAAAGAUAUUCCCUUUUGAUAUGUAAGUUUUUAGUACAAAUAUUACCAUAAGUUACUGUGCAAUGUUUUGAUCAGUUUGUAAAAUAUUUUGCAUAAUACCUAGUAUUGUUUUAUUCUUUUGUAAAUCGAUCUUAGAACAUUUUUUUUUUUUCUCGAAAGAAAUGGGAAUUUAGUUUUUUGUAAUCUGUUUGUAUAUAUGUAACUUUGAUUGAAUUAUGAUUUUUGAAAAAUCAUAAUUUUUAGAAAAGGUUAAUAACACACCAUUUAAUUUAAAUACUUUUCUUUGCAAAAAUAGAAAACCUUAAAGUGAUCUUGUCAUUACACUGAACUGAACCAACAUCUUUACAUAUGCAGUACCUGCAGAUGGACACUCGACUCAUAUCAAAUUGUAUAAACUAUAAAACAUUUAAUUUUACCAACUUUAGGCCUGGUAAAAAAAAAAUCACAUUGUGUACAGAAUAUUGCUGUAAAGAUGCACAUGCUUAACUGUAAGCUGUGUGUGGUGUGUUAUUAAUCAUUUGUACUCCAAAAAUGAAAUUAUUGUUAACCAUUAAUUUGUUCUUAACGAUGCUCUUCUAUUUUCAGUUGAACUAAAAGCUAUAUAAAUAUUAAUGCUUAUAUUAUAUGCUGAGUUCAUUUGUGAUUUGAGCAAACAAGGAAUGAGUGGAAUCCUAUUUUAUGUAUUUACAUGUAUUAUGUGAAUGUGGUGGUCAUGUUUCAAAAUAUCAGUUCAAGAGUAGACACAAGCAAUAUACAGUUAAAGUUGAAUGAGUUGGCCUAUGUUAUGUUAUACAAGUCUUGAAACGAGCAAUAAAUAAAUGUUCACAAACA